CGAACACCAUCCUUUUAUGCACUAUGAUGAGAAGACUUUCCUUGCUGCCGUCACUAAAUUUAGUCUGAUACACUCAUUUUAUUCUGCUGCCUGAUUUGUACUCCUGAAUUGGAUCUUUCCCUAUCCAAAUCUGUAUUAAUUGACCCGUGUCCAUCCCCAGUCCCUCAUUUGCCUCCUCGCUCAAAAGAUUUCCUUCUUGUAUGAGACGAACGCUGCCCUCGACGCUCCUUGAGGCAGCCCCUAGAACCGCACAUAUCAAUUAUCGUCCUCCACUUCGUUCCCAAUCGACCGCAAGCCUGAGUGAGUCCGAGAACCUCGCUCCGACCUCCCGCCGCCCACCCGCGAUGUCGGCCGACGCAGCAGAUUCCGACAGUGAGCUGCAGGCCCGCGGACAACAGAGCCCUCUGGCCAGGCAGCGUGCCAAAGCCGAGAAUCCACGAAGAAGUCGAUUCGAAAACCUUUUCCCUCUCGGCUACAAAGAAGGAUUCAGUCAGUGGUGGAGCAAUCUACCUGCCGCGCAAGCUGAACACAAAGUCUUGUCCUUCAUCCCAUACCUUCAGCAGCCUCCCACACAUACCCAGACCGGCUCCGAACCACCUUCACAGAAUCCCUCGACUUUGUCCGUGGUCGAUACAUCUCCUUCUGCCAAAGCUGCGCCCAUCACUACAAAUUCCAUUACCGAUCCCCAUGGCCCUCGAACGUGGUAUUCGCGCAUGGUGCCCCUGUCCGGCAAGAACAGAGCCUUGAACGAGUUCUGCGUCGAACGGACAGGCGAGGAAGCAGAUCAGAGUCUGGUCAUACUGCACGGGUACGGCGCAGGGUUGGGGUUUUUCUACAAGAACUUCGAAACAUUAUCACGCGCAAAGGGCUGGCAACUAUACGCCCUGGAUAUGCUGGGUAUGGGCCGCUCAUCGAGACCUCCUUUCAGAAUAAAAUCAAAGACGCGGGAGCAACAGAUUACCGAGGCCGAAGACUGGUUUAUUGAUUCGCUAGAAGAGUGGCGGGCAAAGCGAAACAUUGAAAAAAUGACGCUUGUGGGCCAUUCUAUGGGCGGGUAUAUGGCCGUCUGCUACGCCUUGAAAUACCCAGGGCGACUCAACAAACUCAUUCUGGCCUCGCCUGUGGGCAUUCCAGAAGAUCCCUACGCCACUCAUGCUGCAAUGCCCGAACCGCCCGAGUCGACAUUCCAGAGCGAGUUUACCCAGGACCAGGAGACGGAAAGCACCGCCGCAAAAGAUAACAAUAACUUUAUGAACGCGCGACAAAAGGCAGAGCAGGAUCAACAGAAGCCAAAUCCAAAUCGCCUGCCUGCCGAUAAGCAGGCCGGACAGACGCCGCCGAGGCGCCCGUAUGCCCGAUGGCUGACGUACCUGUGGGACGCAAACAUCUCACCAUUCAGCUUCGUGCGCUGGUCUGGCCCGCUCGGCCCACGUUUGGUGUCCGGCUGGACCAGUCGACGAUUCUCGCAUCUCCCAUACGAAGAAGCUCUCGCGUUGCACGACUAUAGCUACAGCCUGUUCAGACUUCGCGGUAGUGGUGAAUAUGCACUAGCGUAUAUCCUCGCCCCGGGCGCAUUCGCGAGAAGUCCGUUGAUCAGGCGUAUCCAUGGUCUUGGCCGGCAGCCUCUCCAAGCUGAGUCGUCGGCAGAACCAGUGCUCGAGAAGGGUCUUCCAGUCGUGCUAAUGUAUGGCGAGAACGACUGGAUGGAUGUUAAAGGUGGAUAUGCUGCGAAGAAGAAGAUCGAUGCGGAACGCGAGCGUGCUUUGAGAGGGAAAUCGGAGGCGGAAAUCGCCGAAGAUCAGGGAGGUGCCAAGGUGGUAAUUAUCAAGAAGGCGGGACAUCAUGUCUAUCUUGACAGUCCGGAGGAGUUCAAUGAGGUCAUGCUGGCCGAGAUGGAAGAUGUUCGGAGGCGCAGCGAAGGACUCAAGAAAGGAGGCAUGAGCGGAGUUCAGGUUAUUGAUCGAAAGAGUGAUUGAACAGACGUGCUAAAGAAACAGUCAUCAAAAGCGCAGGAGUUUCGGAUGGACUAUGAUCAACAACCUGUCCAUGUGGAGAUGCUCACUCUCAACGACAUUACGACGAACCAGUUGGAUUCCAAAGAGGCAAGACAGAAAUUUGAGCGGAGUGCGGCAGAGCAACAUGUUACAAUGGUACAUCCUGCCGCAAUGCGCUAUACGAAGACAAAUCCGCAAAGCCGGACCUGCCUUACGGCCUGUGGCCAAGUAUCUUUUUGAAUACGCGAGUGAUGUCCUGGAUGCGCUGACUUUGUGAGGAGAUGGGGAAGACUGAGAGGCUGUUGAGACAGUGUACAUGAAUGGCGGCGUUACUGCAUGCAAUGGAAGUCACCGCAGUUUGACGAGCGACUGUCCUUUGCGAGGGCGGCUCUCAAAGUACAACCAUUUCUGAUUGAGCGACAAUCCCAGAUUUUCUUGAUAAAAUGUUUUCAAACUGUUGCUCGUUAGCCAGAUUAGACCGUUUUCAGUUCCUCAUAUAGACGACAGAAGAGUGUCAAGUCACCCAAUGUAUCUCACUUGAUUGGCC